UGUCCACUGACCGUGACCUUGAGGAAAACAGUAUAAAGGAGGGCACAUCCCAGUAAGCAGUUAUUUCGUUGUGCUCUUCCUGAGGUCAGUGGACAACUUUUUGCCUUUGUUUGGAAUUCCUCAACUCGUUGGUGCCUCCAGUUUUCGGGGCCGGCGAGGAGCUGCCACCAUGUCGCGCUUUGACACGAGGGAGUUUGGAGAGGCUGCACCGUUUUUACGCAAAUCUGAUCUGGAGCUGCUGGCGGUGCAAACCAUGGCUUUUGACGGUAAGAAACGAGCUUGGAUCCCUGAUGAAAAAGAGGCUUACAUUGAGAUUGAGAUCAAGGAGGUCAGCGGUGACAAAGUCAUUGUGGAGACCAAAAAUGGGAAGACCCUGACAGUGAAGGAGUGUGACAUCCAGCAAAUGAAUCCUCCUAAGUAUGACAUGAUCGAAGACAUGGCCAUGCUGACGCACCUCAAUGAGGCCUCUGUGCUUUACAACCUGCGCAGACGCUACAGUUCCUGGAUGAUCUAUACCUACUCGGGGCUCUUCUGCGUGACAGUGAACCCAUACAAAUGGCUGCCUGUCUACACACCUCCCGUGGUCGCUGCCUACAAAGGCAAGCGCCGCUCCGAGGCACCGCCACACAUCUAUUCGAUUGCAGACAAUGCCUACAAUGACAUGCUGCGCAAUCGGGAGAAUCAAUCCAUGCUUAUCACCGGAGAAUCCGGUGCUGGCAAAACUGUCAACACGAAACGUGUCAUUCAGUAUUUUGCCAUUGUGGCAGCUCUCGGGGAAACAACUGCCAAAAAAGGACAAGGCCCUGCAACCAAAACUGGGGGGACUCUGGAGGAUCAGAUCAUUGAGGCAAACCCUGCCAUGGAGGCGUUCGGUAAUGCCAAAACGCUAAGGAAUGACAACUCAUCCCGAUUUGGCAAAUUCAUUAGGAUCCACUUUGGACCGACUGGCAAACUGGCCUCAGCUGAUAUUGACAUAUAUCUUCUGGAAAAAUCCAGAGUUAUAUUCCAGCAGCCCGGUGAGAGAAGCUACCACAUCUACUACCAGAUCAUGUCACAGAAGAAACCUGAACUCUUAGACAUGCUGCUGGUGUCCUCCAACCCAUAUGAUUACCACUUCUGCUCUCAGGGUGUGACCACUGUGGAGAACCUGGAUGAUGGGCAGGAGUUGAUGGCCACUGAUCAUGCCAUGGACAUCCUGGGCUUCCUCCCAGAAGAGAAGUAUGGCUGCUAUAAAAUUGUAGGAGCCAUCAUGCACUUUGGCAACAUGAAAUUCAAGCAAAAGCAGCGUGAGGAACAGGCGGAGGCCGACGGCACUGAAAGUGCAGACAAAGCCUCAUACCUGAUGGGAGUCAGUUCAGCUGACCUCAUCAAGGGCCUUCUCCACCCAAGGGUGAAGGUGGGAAACGAGUAUGUUGUGAAGGGGCAGAAUGUUGAACAGGUUACCUAUGCAGUUGGAGCUUUAGCCAAAGCCACAUAUGACCGCAUGUUCAAAUGGCUCGUGGGGCGCAUCAACCGGACUCUGUACACCUCCCUCCCUCGCCAGUACUUCAUAGGAGUCCUGGACAUCGCAGGGUUUGAGAUCUUUGAUCUCAACAGCUUCGAGCAGCUGUGCAUCAACUUCACAAACGAGAAACUGCAACAGUUUUUCAACCAUCACAUGUUCAUCCUGGAGCAGGAAGAGUACAAGAGAGAGGGCAUCGAAUGGACUUUCAUCGACUUCGGGCUGGACCUUCAAGCUUGCAUCGAUCUCAUUGAAAAGCCACUGGGCAUCAUGUCCAUCCUUGAAGAGGAGUGCAUGUUCCCAAAGGCUACAGAUAACAGCUUUAAAGCCAAGUUGUAUGAUAAUCACCUCGGAAAGUCACCGAAUUUCCAGAAACCACGGCCAGACAAGAAGCGCAAAUUUGAGGCCCAUUUCGAACUGGUGCACUAUGCUGGAGUAGUACCAUACAAUAUUUUUGGCUGGCUAGACAAAAAUAAGGACCCGCUGAACGAGACAGUGGUGGCUUGUUUCCAAAAGUCCUCCAGCAAGCUGCUGGCUUCUCUGUAUGAAAAUUACGUUGGCUCUGAUUCAGCACCCGACCCCAAGGUCAAGGAAAAGAGGAAGAAGGCAGCCUCCUUCCAGACUGUGUCGCAGCUUCACAAGGAAAAUCUGAACAAGCUGAUGACCAACCUCCGCAGCACCCAGCCCCACUUCGUUCGCUGCAUCAUCCCUAAUGAGACCAAGACUCCAGGGAUCAUGGAUCCAUUUCUCGUGCUGCACCAGCUGCGUUGCAACGGCGUGCUGGAGGGUAUCAGGAUCUGCAGGAAGGGCUUUCCCAACCGCAUCCUCUACGCUGAGUUCAAACAGCGCUACCGCAUCCUGAACCCACACGCCAUCCCAGAUGAUAAGUUUGUGGACAGCAGGAAAGCGGCAGAGAAGCUGCUGGCCUCCCUGGAUAUUGACCACAACCAGUAUAGAUUUGGACACACAAAGGUGUUCUUCAAAGCAGGCUUGCUGGGUCACCUCGAAGAGCUGAGGGACGAGCGUUUGGCCAAAGUCUUGACGUUGUUCCAGGCGGCCGCUCGUGGCAAAAUCAUGAGGCUGGAGCUGCUAAAGAUGAUGGAAAGAAGAGAGGCGCUGAUGAUCAUCCAGUGGAACAUCCGGGCCUUCAAUGCCGUCAAGCACUGGCCCUGGAUGAAGCUCUUCUUCAAAAUAAAGCCCCUCCUAAAGAGCGCCGCUAAUGAGAAAGAGCUGGCCUCUCUAAAGGAGGAGCUAGUCAAGCUAAAGGAGGCUCUGGAAAAAUCUGAAGUCAAGCGGAAGGAGCUGGAGGAGAGGCAGGUCAGCCUGAUCCAAGAGAAGAAUGAUCUCUCUCUACAGCUGCAAGCUGAGCAGGACAAUCUGGCGGAUGCUGAGGAACGCUGUGACCUGCUCAUUAAGACUAAGAUCCAGCUGGAGGCCAAAGUCAAGGAACUCCUGGAGAGGCUGGAGGACGAAGAAGAGAUGAGCUCUAAUGUGCUCGCAAAGAAGCGCAAGCUGGAGGACGAGUGUGCCGAGCUGAAGAAGGAUAUAGAUGAUCUGGAAGUCACCUUGGCUAAAGUGGAAAAGGAGAAACAUGCCACUGAGAACAAGGUGAAAAACCUGAUUGAAGAAAUGGCAGCUCUGGAUGAAACCAUACUGAAGCUGACCAAGGAGAAGAAGGCUCUUCAGGAGGCUCAUCAGCAGACUCUGGAUGACCUACAGGCAGAGGAAGACAAAGUCAACACUCUGACCAAAGCAAAGGCCAAGCUGGAGCAACAAGUCGAUGAUCUGGAAGGCUCUUUGGAACAAGAGAAAAAGCUGCGUAUGGACCUGGAACGGGUCAAACGUAAGCUUGAGGGAGAUCUAAAACUCUCCUUAGAAUCUGUUAUGGACCUGGAGAAUGACAAACAGCAACUUGAAGAGAAGCUGAAAAAAAAAGACUUUGAAAUGAACGGAAUGAGCUCAAGGAUUGAAGAUGAGCAAGCCUUGGCCAAUCAGCUUCAGAAGAAGAUCAAAGAGCUGCAGGCUCGUACAGAGGAGCUGGAGGAGGAGCUGGAGGCCGACAGGGCUUACAGAGCUAAAGUGGAGAAGCAGCGUGCCGAUGUGGCUCGUGAGCUAGAGGAGCUGAGCGAGCGCCUGGAGGAGGCUGGUGGAGCCACCUCAGUCCAGAUUGAAAUGAACAAGAAGAGAGAGGCAGAUUUUCUGAAACUGCGGCGAGACCUGGAGGAAGCCAUGCUGCACCACGAGGCCACAACGGCAGCUCUACGGAAGAAGCACGCAGACACUGUUGCAGAGCUGAGCGAGCAGAUUGACAGUCUGCAGAGAGUCAAGCAGAAGCUGGAGAAAGAGAGGAGCGAGGCCAAGUUGGAGGCCGACGAUCUGGCCUCGACUGUGGAGCAGCUCUCCAAGGGCAAGGCCACUUCAGAGAAGACGUGCCGUCUCUAUGAAGAUCAAAUGAACGAGGCUAAAGCCAAGGUGGAGGAGCUCCAGAGGCAGCUCAGUGAAACCAGCACGCAAAAGGCCCGUGCUCAGGCUGAGAGUGCCGAGCUGGGCAGGAAGCUCGAAGAGCGAGAGGCCAUGGUGUCCCAGCUGCAACGUGCUAAAAACUCCUUCAGCCAGAAUGUGGAGGAGCUCAAGAAACAGCUUGAGGAGGAGAAUAAGGCCAAGAACGCCCUGGCCCAUGCUCUGCAGUCUUCUCGUCAUGACUGCGAUCUCCUGAGAGAGCAGUAUGAUGAAGAGCAGGAGGCCAAGGCUGACCUGCAGAGAGCUCUCUCCAAGGCCAAUGCAGAGGUAGCUCACUGGAGGACUAAGUACGAAACCGAUGCCAUCCAGAGGACUGAGGAGCUGGAGGAAGCCAAAAAGAAGCUGGUGGCACGCCUGCAGGAGGCUGAAGAGACUGUUGAAGCUUCCAAUGCCAAGUGCUCUUCCCUGGAGAAGACGAAACAUCGGCUCCAGACAGAGAUCGAAGACCUGGUCAUUGAUCUGGAGCGUGCCAAUUCCGCAGCUGCUGCUCUGGACAAAAAACAACGUAACUUUGACAAGGUGCUAGCCGAGUGGAAGCAGAAGUACGAAGAGUCCCAGUCAGAGCUGGAGAUCUCUCAAAAGGAGUCUCGUGGCCUGAGCACAGAGCUCUUCAAAUUGAAGAACGUAUAUGAGGAGACCUUAGAGCAACUGGAGACGAUCAAAAGGGAAAACAAGAACCUCCAAGAGGAGAUUGCUGACCUCUCCGAUCAAAUCAGUCAGGGAGUGAAGACCAUCCAUGAGCUGGAAAAGAUGAAGAAGGCUUUGGACACUGAGAAGAGUGAGAUUCAAGCUGCGCUAGAGGAAGCUGAAGCUACUCUGGAACAUGAAGAGAGCAAAACUCUCCGGAUCCAGCUGGAGCUUAACCAGAUGAAGGCUGACAUUGACAGGAAGUUAGUGGAGAAGGAUGAAGAAAUCGACAAUCUUCGCCGGAACCACCAGAGAACAAUGGAGUCUAUGCAGGCUACCUUGGAUGCUGAGGCCAGGUCUCGCAACGAGGCAGUGCGCCUGAGGAAGAAGAUGGAGGGCGACCUGAAUGAGAUGGAGGUGCAGCUGAACCAUGCUAACAGGCAGGCCUCGGAGUCCCAGAAACUCCUGAGGAACCUUCAGGUGCAGCUCAAGGACACUCAGCUAGAGCUGGAUGACACAGCCCACCGGAACGAGGAGCUCAAGGAGCAGGUUGCAGUGACAGAGCGCCGAAACAGCCUGCUCACUGCCGAAGUGGAAGAGCUCAGGGCCAUGCUCGACCAGAAUGACCGUGCACGCAAGCUGGCAGAGCACGAGCUGCUCGAGGCUACUGAAAGAGUUAACCUGCUGCACUCUCAGAACACUGGGCUGAUCAACCAGAAGAAGAAGCUGGAGAGUGAUCUGUCCAUGCUGUCGAAUGAGGUGGAUGAUGCUGUCCAAGAGUGCCGUAACGCAGAAGAAAAAGCCAAAAAGGCUAUCACUGAUGCAGCUAUGAUGGCAGAGGAGCUAAAGAAGGAGCAGGACACAAGCGCACAUCUGGAGAGGAUGAAGAAGAACAUGGAGCAGACCAUAAAGGACCUGCAGAUGCGUCUGAACGAGGCUGAGCAGAUUGCCCUCAAGGGCGGAAAGAAGCAAGUCCAGAAGCUGGAGGCCAGAGUCAAAGAACUGGAGAACGAACUGGAGUCUGAGCAAAAGAAGAGCCAAGAGUAUCAAAAGGGAGUGCGCAAGUAUGAAAGGAGAAUCAAAGAGCUCUCCUACCAGGCUGAGGAAGACAAGAAGAACCUGGUCCGCCUGCAAGACCUCAUCGACAAGCUGCAGGCCAAAGUAAAGAGUUACAAGAGACAGGCUGAAGAAGCGGAGGAUCAGGCAAACACCAACAUAUCCAAGUACAGGAAACUGCAGCAUGAGCUUGACGAUGCAGAGGAGAGGGCCGAUAUGGCCGAAUCGCAGGUCAACAAGCUGCGCACCCGCACCCGGGACCAAGGUGCCAAGGUCAGUAAACACUUGCUGAGUGAUCCGCUGAGGAAGAAAGCUGCCGUCAAACCAGUGACAGCCAGCUGCAACAGCUGUGCGCGACUGUGA